AUGACGAGGAGUCUCAGGGCUCAGCUCGGGUCUCUUAUGCCGGACGAUCUAAAAGGAAGGCGACCGCUGCUGGAUAAUCCGAAGGGAGGGCGUGCGGCGAUGGAAAGCCACGAUCACGGAGGUGGAUUUCAUAAAGAGGCUGCUGUUACGACGAAGAGGAUUGCAAGGCGAAAUCGGUCCUCGACGACAAUGGGAGAGAGCGAGCUCCAGCUUGAUCUCCAACCAACGACCUCGUACUCUCAUUCCAGCCAUCCAGAGGGAUACGGAAUCCGAUGGUCUCGCCAGGGGAGCUGGACACACACGGCUUGCGUUUGGUUCGUGGGAGAGCCGCAAGCGCGACUCACGGGUACGAGAACAGACGAAGUCGACGACUAUACUAUGCCGGGCCUGAAGUUGCGGAACGGUGUCGACGAGGGCGUGGCCGUGGCGGUGAUGUGUGACAGCUGUCACUAG